GCUGUUUCUGCCUGGAGAGACCCACGGCCACCUGCCCAGUGCCAGCUCAGCUUUCAAGCUUGAUCCUCUCUUAUGCUUCUCAAGUCAUUGGUGCCUCUAUGUCUGGACAAGCUAGCUCCCAAGCCUCUGGGUUGUGACAUGUGCUCACAGGAAGACUUCCAGGCACAGAGGAGCCAGCUGGUGGCACUGUUGGUCUCGGGGUCCUUGGAGGGCUUUGAGAGCAUCUUGGACUGGCUGCUAUCCUGGGAUGUGCUGUCCUGGGAGGACUAUGAGGGCCUUAGCCUCCCUGGCCAACCUCUCUCCCAUUCUGCCAGGCGCCUACUGGACACAGUCUGGAACAAGGGUGAUUGGGGCUGUCAGAAGCUCCUUGAAGCUGUCCAGGAGGCCCAGGCCAACAGUCAUACUCUGGAACUGCAUGGCUGCUGGGACACUCACUCCAUUCAACCAACCAGAGACCUGCAGAGUCACCGGCCAGCCAUUGUCCGGGGACUCUACAACCAUGUAGAAGCCAUGCUGGAGCUGGCAAGAGAGCAAGGAUUCCUGAGCCAGUAUGAAUGUGAUGAGAUCAGGCUGCCAAUCUUCACAUCAUCCCAGAGGGCAAGAAGGCUGCUUGACCUUGCCACAGUGAAGGCAAAUGGACUGGCUGCCUUCCUUCUACAGCACAUCAAAGAACUGCCUUCACCAUCCCUGCCUUAUGAAGCUGCUGAGUGUCAGAGGUUCGCAUCGAAGCUGAGGACCAUGGUGUCAGCCCAGUCUCGCUUCCUCAGUACUUAUGAUGGGUCAGAGAAUCUUUGCCUGGAGGAUAUAUACACGGAGAACAUCUUGGAGCUGCGGACAGAAGUGGGCAUGGCUGGGGCCCUGCAGAAGAGCCCUGCCAUCCUGGGCCUGGAGGAACUCUUUGGUACACAUGGCCAUCUGAACAAAGAUGCAGACACUGUACUGGUGGUGGGGGAAGCAGGCAGUGGCAAGAGCACUCUCCUGCAGCGGUUGCUCUUGUUGUGGGCAACAGGGCAGAACUUUCAGGAGUUUCUCUUCGUUUUCCCGUUCAGCUGCCGGCAGCUGCAAUGCAUGGCCAAACCCCUGUCUCUAAAGACGCUGCUCUUUGAGCAUUGUUGUUGGCCUGAUGUUGGUCAGCAUGAUGUCUUCCAGUUCCUCCUUGACCAUCCCGACCGUGUCCUGUUAACCUUUGAUGGUUUGGAUGAGUUCAAGUUCCGGUUCACAGACCGGGAGCGUCACUGCUCUCCAACUGACCCCACGUCAGUCCAGACUCUGCUUUUUAACCUUCUUCAGGGGAACCUGUUGAAGAAUGCUCACAAGGUGCUGACCAGUCGUCCAGAUGCUGUGUCAGCUCUUCUCAGGAAGUUCGUCCGGAUAGAGUGCCACCUCAAGGGCUUCUCAGAAGAAGGCAUUGAACAGUACCUGAGAAAGCAUCACCGGGAACCUGGAGUGGCAGACCGCCUCAUCCACCUGCUCCAAGCCACAUCGGCCCUGCAUGGUUUGUGCCACCUCCCUGUCUUCUCAUGGAUGGUGUCCAGAUGCCACCAGGAACUGUUGUUGCAGAAUGGGGGGUUCCCAACGACCAGCACGGACAUGUACCUCCUGAUCCUACAGCAUUUCCUUCUGCAUGCCUCCCCUCCAGAUUCCUACCCCCUCAGCCUGGGACCUGGUCUCCUUCAAAGCCGGCUCUCCACCCUCCUGCACCUUGGCCACCUGGCUCUCCAGGGACUGGCCCUGAGCUGCUACGUGUUCUCAGCCCAGCAGCUCCAGGAGGCACAAGUUGACGCUGAUGAUAUUUCUCUUGGUUUCCUGGUACGUGCCCAAAAUGUGGUGCCUGGGAGCAAGACACCCCUGGAAUUUCUGCACAUUACCUUCCAGUGCUUUUUUGCUGCAUUCUACUUGGCAGUCAGUGCGGACACAUCAGCAGCCUCCCUCAGGCACCUCUUCAGCUGUGGCCGGCUGGGCAGCUCACUGGUGGUUAGGCUGCUGCCCACUCUAUGUAUCCAGGGCUCCAGAGUCAGGAAGGGCAGCAAAGCGGCUCUAUUACAGAAGGCUGAGCCUCACAACCUACAGAUCACAGCAGCCUUCCUAGCGGGUCUGUUGUCCAAGGAGCAUUGGGACCUCUUGGCUGCGUGCCAGAUCUCUAAGAAGGUGCUGCUCCAGCGCCAGGCAUGUGCCCGCUCAUGUCUGGCCCAAAGCCUUCGUGAACACUUCCACAGCAUCCCACCUGCCGUGCCUGGUGAGGCCAAGAGCAUGCAUGCCAUGCCUGGCUUCAUUUGGCUUAUCCGGAGCUUGUAUGAGAUGCAGGAGGAGCAAUUGGCACAGGAGGCUGUGCGUCGAUUGGACAUUGGGCACCUGAAGUUGACAUUUUGCAGAGUGGGCCCUGCAGAGUGUGCUGCCCUGGCCUUUGUGCUACGUCACCUCCAGCGGCCUGUGGCCCUGCAGCUGGACCACAACUCUGUUGGAGACGUUGGAGUGGAACAGCUGCUGCCUUGCCUUGGUGUCUGCACAGCUCUGUAUUUGCGAGAUAACAAUAUCUCAGAUCGAGGUGUCUGCACACUGAUUGAGUAUGCUCUCCACUGUGAGCAGCUGCAGAAGCUAGCUCUCUUCAACAACAAGCUCACAGACGGCUGUGCCUACUCCAUGGCCAAGCUCCUUGCACACAGGCAGAACUUCUUGUCACUGAGGGUGGGGAACAAUCACAUUACAGCUGCUGGAGCCCAGGUGCUGGCCCAGGGGCUCAAGAGCAACACCUCCUUGCAGUUCCUGGGGUUCUGGGGCAACAGUGUGGGUGAUAAGGGCACCCAAGCCCUGGCUGAAGCUUUGGCUGGUCACCAGAGCAUCAAAUGGCUCAGCCUGGUGGGGAACAACAUUGGUAGUGAGGGUGCCCAGGCCCUCGCAAUGAUGCUGGAGAAGAACAAGUCACUGGAGGAACUCUGCUGCCAACAACUGCAGCAGUAGUACCACGAGUGCUGAGUACUAGUGCUUGUGAAGUUUGGAACUUCAAAAUGAGUUUGAGUUCUUCAGAAGGCGAAUGGAGUUUGGGAUCAUUGAGAGAAGAGCCACAAAGUGUGCUUAUGCCACUGACACCUGAAGCAAACAGACCUCAAGUUAUCUAUCCUGUAGAUACUUCCAGAGUCUUCAACUCCAGGGAUGCCUUUGCAGUCCCAGAUACAGCAGCAAGAGAAAAUGCCAAGUGAUUUCUCCAGGAAACAGCAAAGCAUGGACACUCAAAGGAUUGCCACAAACAUACUGUGGUGGUGUUGUGUGACAAAACUUUUUCUGGGGAGAUGCAACACACGUCUGUUCACCCCAGAUAGGGGAGCCCAUGACAGACCAAACCAUGGGUACCACCAAAGUCCAACUUGAUGAACCAUGAAUAUUAUUGGGGUGACUUACAGGAAUAUGAAUGAGGGGUUACUUACAGGAGCAGAAAUGACUCAAAGACCCACCCAGGAAUGGAUGACAGCUCACAAAGCUGGGAGCCUUGAGCACACUGCACAGCCUGCAAGCAGCCCAAUAGGUUGAAGAGUGUGUCCUUCUCGAUGCCAACUCUUAGAGUUGGUCUCAGCUCUUCCAGCAAGCUGGUCUGUCUCAGAGUCCUUUGUAACUCAGCUUUGCUACUCUGAGAGGGACUUUCAGCUUUUGUUGUUUACUCUGAAGAGAGAGAGAAAGAGAGAUGGGGGGCUAGUGAAUUUUGUCAGUUUCAGGAACUUCCUGAAGCUGUUUUGAGUUGCUUAUCUUUCUGUUUAAGGAGCUUCCCUGUAGGAUGGAAUGUUUUAAUCUUGGAAGAAACUGUUGCACAACACUACACUUCUUUGGGCUCUUCCAUUUUUUUGCCCCCUCUUUUGCAAUGGUCUUUGAGAUGUCCACCCAUGGCUAAGAAUCAGGCCACCACACCAUAGUAACAGUUACUUGUCUCAGGGACUUCACCAGUGGUUAUGAGUUGUGGCUGAUGACUACAGUGAUCUAUGAGUAGAAAAUACACAUGUUUAGAAGACAGUUGGACAGACACAACACAUCCAUCUAGAAAAACCAUAGACACUGUUUUCCCACUGGGACCCAUGACCUCCUCAGCCAAACUGGUUUGUAGUACCAGAUGUGAACUCCCUUUUGUGGGCCUGAAAUCCAACUGGAAGGCUGUUGGUCUUACCCAAGAUAGCUGAGCUGCAAUUGCACAAGCAGGCACACCCUGCCUAGCAUGUUGGCCUUUCAUCAUGCAGGAUCCAUACAUAGCCAAGCAGGAAUGUUGUGACAGUUUUUCCACCAGCAGUCUAUAAUGCCCCCUUUGGCAGUAUGAAAGCCAGCCAGCAGGGUGAAGGUUUUCAGUUUAGUCCCAGCUUAAUUUCUCCUUGUCCUAAUCAAGGAUGGACACAAGUGUUUUCAGCAGUGGGGUCCUACUGUCCAUUUCUGGCUUACAACAACAGCAGUCACAAUAUUUUUAUUUGAGGGUCUUCAGGUGCUUUCCUGGCCAGCAACUCACAGGGAUGGAGCCCACCUUUGGCACUGAGGUUUUUAUUCAAUAACAUUGUAGCAUCUGGGAGUCUGUCUGCCUGCCUGCUUGCUCACCCUCCUUCCCUCCCUCUCCCCAUCUCUCUCUUCUCUCUCUCUCCUCUCUCUCUCUUACUUUCUUCCCUCAUUUAAGGUAUUUUUUAAUUUAAAUGCUUUAGAUGUUGGUUUAAUUACUGGCUGAUGCUCAGUGGCUUUAAAAGAUACUGGUCCUAUAGCAUUGGUUUGUAGACUCUACAUUUCACUGUUGUAAGUAUGUAUGUCACCUUUGUGGAGUUAGAUUUUGUGCCACACCAGAAAGUAGCUUGUCCAGGAGGCCUUCAAUCCAGCCUUUUAUUGGGGACACUAUUUUUACAGUCACUGGAGUGGAAUCAGUUAAGGAUGCCACCUGUUGUAAUGUUUUAUAUACCUCUAUUAUGGAUGUCACCUGUUAUAAUGUUUUAUCUACCUCUUGCAGUUGCUGUUUAAAUGUUGUGUACAUAGCUUUUGUUUCUUUUUAUGACUGACACCAAAACUCUAUGGAACCAUUUGUUCAGGUUGUUUUUGCCAUAGCCAUCAGCUAUAGCCUUUUGAACUCUUGGCGAUUUCUAACAGGAAGGAACACUGGAGUAGUGGGGCACACACCUGUUUAGCCUGUCCUACAUGGAUCUUAGCAUGCUCAAAAGCCCCUUGAGCCUCUGUCCCAAACACAUAUAACACUCUUUAUCAAGUUAUACAGAAGGCAGACAGACAGCUUAGGCAAGAUGGGGCAUGAAAAUCUGCCAAAAUCACCAGGCAUGGUGGCACAUGACUUUAAUCCCAGCACUCGAGAGGCAGAGGCAGGUGGAUCUCUUUGAAGCUAUCCUGGGCUACAUAAGAAGUUCUGGAAAAACUAGGGAUAAACAGAGAAACCUUGUCUCAAAACAAAAAGAAAGGAAGGAAGGGAGGAAAGAAAGAAAAGAAAAAAAGAAAACCUACCAAUGACCCAAGGGUCCACAGGAUGCUUGUAGCUUCUGUACAUAGACAGGUACUAGAUGUUGUAGGAUUUUGUCAAUAAUGUUUCCAGGUAUAAUAUGCAUCUUACCAGACCAUAAUACCAGAAGAAUUUUAUAGCUGUGUCAGGCCCUUGCACCUUGUGUAGACUGAGCUCUCAUCCUUGUUCCUUUAGAUGCUCGUGUACAUUUCUCUAAUGGCUUUUCAAAUAUGUAAAACACUCAGGGAUUAACAUUAUGUUAUCUAUAUAGCAAAACUCUUCCCAGAGGAUGAGUGGGCAAGGCGACAUCCUGAGCCACUAUCCCAUAACAAAUACCGAGGUUACAAAGAUACCCUGUUGAAGCACACAGAAAGUCUGUUGUCAUCUGUUCUCCGAAAGUGUCAGGUGAUCCCAGAGGUUCACAGCUAAGAAGACACUAAAAUUGAAUAUAAGCAAGGGUUAAUACAGCAUGGACAGGUUCCAUCUGUUUGAAUCAAUUGCUUCAUCCACAGAUCAAGGUAGGGUGCAAAGCAUGGAUAGGAGGCUCUAACCCAAUUAGUUCCCUGUAACCCUCAGUAAUUCUCUCUGAGUCAUUAUGUUUUCACACCCUGGAGUUCUUUCAUGGAGCCUCCCCAUGUUUCUCUGCACCUGAUGAACUAAGUGGGCCUGACUUAGUCUUCUAAGAACAGGUAGGGUCAAAGGUGAGAGUAGUCCUGUUUGCCUCUGCUGCACCUGCUGGCUCCCUGGGUCAGAGUGGCCCUGGUUGGCACUGUGGAUGUAGCUGUAGCUGUUGCCUCUCCAUUCAUCGCAGCCUGGCUGGGCAAACCAUUUCCACCCUUAGCAUAACCUUUUUGCUGAAGGGAAAUGUACUCUCCUUGCUCUGGGAGGAUAAUUACCCACCUUGGGGCAGGCUUGAUCAUCUUGACCUGUAUCGUUUUUCUCACAAAUAUCGUCUGUGAACUGCUCUUUGGGUUCCAAAGCCUCCCAGAAUAAUUUUGUCCCAUUAGUGUUUGAGUAACCCAGACAGUCUUCUCUCUCUCUCUCUCUCUCUCUCUCGCU